UCUCAUAAAAAUAAAAAAACCUAUAAAUAAAAUAAAAAUAUAUUUCAUCUACAAAAUGAGUUAAGAUGAAAUUGUUAAUACAUUAUUAGGUGUUACAAAAAAAUUAAUUUAUAAAUAAAAAAAAUUAAAUAUAUAUUUUCCAUUAAGUUAAAAAUUUAUAAAAAAUAAUUCUAUGACGAUUAAUAAUGGACAUGUUGAAUAAUUUAACUGUUUAAACCAAUGUAAGGAAGAUGUUGAAUUAAAAGAAACACAUGUGCAUUUUGCUGGUUUUGACGAAAAAGUGUAAUUUUACAGAAAAUAUGUUUGAAAAUAAUUAUAAUUUCAUGACAUUUAGUUUAGGAAGAUAACUUUUAAAUUUGAAAGGAUUAUUUUUAUUAGUUAUUAUUUUGAAAUGAAAUAGAUAUAUGGGAGAUGCUCAAUGAAAACUCACAUUCAUUUGUGUGAAAAAUUGAGGUGGGUUUAAAAGAAUGGAGUUGAGUGAUUGAUUCAUCUGAAUGUUUUCAGUUUAAUACACAAAACAACACUAGUUUGCAUGGAUAGUUCACCGGAAAGAGCAAAACAUAUUGAAAAGUCGUGCGUGACAUGAGAAUUGGUGGUGUGGACCCACGCUAUUUACCCCCUUCUCUAUCGUAUAGUUUCCAUAAAUCAACGGCUCUUCUGUAGCGUUACUGUGUUUGAUGCGACAAAGCAAGCGCCUGAGAGUCGUCAGAUCUGGUGGAUGGCCGAUCAAAAUACAUUUGAACGGCUGAGAUAAUUUCGUUGACUUGAAAAUCGGAAAAGUGGAGAGGAGAGUCCCUUCGCUCAAGCUCUCCUUCUCUCCUAAUCCUUUUAAAGCGGCCACUGGAGGUCCCGAAGAAUCAUUUAAAGGCUACUGUCAUGGAGUGAAUUUAUUGUGGGCGAGUGAUGAUUUGAUUCUUCUGCUUGUUAUCAUCGAUCGAUUUGUAGAUCUCUAGAGUGGUGUGAGAAAGAUACUUUUGGGAGACAAAAAGGUGUUAGUAGACAAAGAACAUGGAAACAGGAGAGGAUGAUCUGUGCCAGAACAAUUGGGGAAGUGCUUCCAUCUUGGAUUACGAGAUGGCUAUGGAGGAUGAGGAGGAGGGGGAGCCUAAUUUGCAUGUUUUCAAAGCUUCUUCUUCGGGCAAAGACAACAACAACAACAACAACGGUGGUCAAGCUAGUGUGCAAGGCGUCAAGGCUCAAGCGUGGGAUCCGAGGACCAUGCUGUGCAACCUGUCUUUUAUGGAACAGAAGAUUCACGAACUGCAGGGUCUUGUUCAUCUCAUCCUUGGGCGAAACGGGCAGCUUCAAGACGAGCAGCAGCAACUCAUAACCGCUGAUCUUACUUCCAUAAUCAUACAGCUGAUUUCAACUGCAGGUAGUCUUCUUCCAUCUGUUAAUAUGUUGUCUACUACAGCCCCAGGUUCAGCCUUGUUCCCUUUUCCAAGGGAGGCUAAUAACCUUGCUUCACAGACCCUUAACAACGGUGGCGCCUCCCAAGAGCUCGAAGAUGAUGCCGAGGAAGGAGAGAACCUUCCUCCCGGUUCCUACGAGAUUAAGCAGCUUGAGAAAGAGGAGAUCCUCGCCCCCCAUACCAACUUCUGCACUAUAUGUGGCAAGGGUUUCAAGAGAGACGCCAACCUGAGGAUGCACAUGAGAGGGCACGGUGACCAGUACAAAACUCCCGCCGCUCUGGCCAAGCCCCCGACCAAAGAAACCCUUCCCGGGUCUGAUGCGCCGAUGCUGAUCAAAAGGUACUCUUGCCCAUUCCCGGGCUGCAAACGUAACAAGGAUCACAAAAGGUUCCAGCCUUUGAAGACCAUUCUGUGCGUGAAGAACCAUUAUAAACGCACCCACUGCGACAAAAGCUUCACUUGCAGCCGCUGCCAUACCAAGAAAUUCUCUGUCAUUGCCGAUCUCAAAACCCACGAGAAGCACUGCGGGCAAAACAAGUGGCUCUGUUCCUGUGGUACCACAUUCUCACGCAAAGACAAGCUGUUCGGUCACAUUGCUCUGUUCCAGGGACACACUCCUGCGAUCCCACUUGAAGACACAAAACCUUCUGCUGCUGCAUCUUCUCAGAGAGGGAGCUCUGGUUGCGGGAACAGUAACAACAACGCAGCAAUGGUUAGUUUCAGUCUUGGUUCUGCAGCAAAUGCUAAUCAAGAAACCUCACAGCCUUGUGUCAUGGAUGGGAAGACAAGCUUCGAGGAGUCUUUCUCACCGCUGAGCUUUGAUAUAUGCAACUUUGGAGGGUUCCCACGAUCUAUAUUUGAUGAUUCAUUUCAAAUGCUUAUUUCAAGUGCAUGUGGUUGCUCGCCCAUCAAUGGUGGUGUUGGUUCUGUUUCAGAUACUAGUCUCUAAAGGCAUUUUCAAUAUAUGAUUUAAGUUAUUUUGUUAGAUGUUCUAGUUUUUAUUAGCCUUAGGCAGCUCCUUUGUGUCGUUACUUUUGUUAUUUUCUAGAAUAGUAUCAGGUAGCAAAAGUGUAUUCGCUUUUCCUAAAAUCUGUUGCUAAUGUAAAAAAACUUAGAUUUGUUGUAAACUAUUAGCUCAUAUGUAAUAGUGAGGGAUAUAUAAAUCUGUAUUUAUAUAUUAUGUACCUUUGGUA